AUGGGUUUUUUUGUUGUAUAUGUAGUUAGAGAAACAAAAACUAUUAUUCCAGACAAGGUUGUAAAGGUGUUGCAUACAGAAAGUUCUCAAUUUUACGAUAUUUUAGAUGCGACUACAAAUGAUCAAUUUGAAGAUUGUGUUGUUCAAGUAUUUUUGAGAAAGCCUCCAGAAAAUUGGGUUUAUGUAGAAGAAGGAUUAGAAGACCAAUAUUAUAAUCUUUUUUAUGAUACUGGAAAACAUACUAAAUCUAAUCUUAAACGUGAUAAACUUGAGCAACUAGCAUCUUCACUAGAACUAUCAGUAGUACAACCAUGGGCAACAAACGAUAAUUGGAAAAUAAUUAUUAAUGAGGUUUUUAUCUUAAUAUCUUCAAUACAAAAAUAUGCAAAAAACUUAGAGCAAAUUAAUCAAGUUAUGAAAGAAAUAUAUUUAAGUGACACACUAGCACACCAGCCAGCUAAUGAUCUAAAA